AUGCCUACAACCAAAUUGCAGCCGGAAAUCUAUCAACCAUUGUUAAACAGCAUCCCCAACGAUCUCCUUUCACGCUUCGAUCCCGUUCGCGCCGAAGGUCCUAAAGUCUUCUGUGUCGCUGAACAAAAGUGUGCUGUAGAUGGUGGCGAGAUCACGAUUAGGAUAUCUGAGCCCGAGCCAUGGAAGGACGGUGAUGCAAAUCGUCCUGUCUACAUCAAUUAUCACGCAGGAGGAUGGACUUUUGGGGGUCUCCAUUAUGAUGACCCAUUCUGCCGACGGCUGACGAAGGAGAUAGGAUGCGUAUGUUUCGAUGUUGACUACCGUCUCGCUCCUGAAAACCCAUAUCCAACUCCAAUUGAAGACUCUUGGAUGGCUUUCAAAUGGAUAUACGAUGAAAAAGUGAGAGAGUUUAACCUUGAUGUUAGCCGUGUAGCUAUUGGCGGAGUUUCUGCUGGCGGACAUAUCGCGGCUGAAAUUGCGCAUCUUGCUCGGAACGCAGGCUACCCUCUCUCAUUACAAGUCCUAGCAGUACCAUGCGUGGACCUUACAGGUGUCUUUACACGCGAUGGGAAAAUCAAGGCCGAUUGCCCCUAUGAGUCUUAUAGAGAACUGUCUGAUACUGUGGGCCUGCCAGCAGAACGUAUGAUGUAUCUUCAUCAAACAUUCCUUGGCUCUCUAAGACCUCUAGAGUAUGAAAUCAUUGGAAAUUAUCUCCGAUCAACGCACCGAAUUUCGCCAAUCUUGCCCCCGCCUUUAUUAUUACUGCGGAGAUGGAUAUUCUGCCUGAUGAAGGCGAAGCAUAUGGUAGAAAGCUCAUGGCGGCGGACAUGA